AUGGAAAUAGAAAAAGGUGAUCAUGAAUUUGAAUAUCCACGCUUAGCUAUGAUGGCUAGAGAUUAUCAUGCAAUUAAUGCGACUAGUGUUCCGGUCGAACGGAUAUUUUCUGAAGGAGCCGACUUAAUUGAUGUUAAAAGAAGUUGUCUCAGAGCUGAUACUAUUCGGUCAUACAUGUGUCUUAAUUCGUGGUGGAAAUAA